UUGUAUUGAAGGGUUCUAAGGAGAUCUUACAAUGGAAAAGAAUCUUGUUGUGAUCUUUUGCUGGCUCCUUGUAGUCCAUGCCUGUGUGGAAGGGAUGGUUCCACUUCCAAGGCGACGUUGCAGAUGCAGUGGAAGUCUUGCCAAUAGGCUGAAUGUGAAGGAAAUAAAGAGACUUGAGGUCUACCCGUUAAGUUCUAUCUGCGAGAAAAUGGAUGUCAUUGCUAUAUUGAAGUCGGGAAAAAAGAUUUGCCUUAACCCACACUCUACAAUGGUGAAAAUACUUUUUGAAGCCAUGAAAAAUAAAUGGGGUAAACCACAGUGAACAUGUGAAUGGAAGAAAAGUGAAGCAGUGUGAAAAUGUUAUAUUGCUUUGAACCACAUUACAAAUAUGGAUUCACUAUUCUGGCAAUAUAUUAUCCUUAAUAACCUAAUUAUCUCAUGUAUAACUACCACAUAAUUGCAGUAUAACAAGAAAUCACAAAAUAAAUGCAUUCUUAAAAGACAAAUAA